GCUUAUCCACACCGGGGGGAAGUGAAACUCCCAAUGUCCUCCUGAUCAGCUGUCGAGCCCCCUCUUCUGAAAAACAACCGCCGGCUUUUUCCAGGCACCAUGAACUCCCUCCCAGGAAAAGCUGCUUUGUCUCUGUGCCGACGCGCAACAGCGGGCGGAUUGAGGACGCUGGCCGCCUCUCCGAGUCACCCUGCCGGCUGGCAGCUGGCUGACAGGGCCGCUGUCCAGGCUGUGCGGGUCUGCCACUCAGGGACGACCCGAAAGGGCAGCGUGUUUACCAAGAAGAGAGGCUAUGACAUUACCAGAAACCCCCACCUGAACAAGGGCAUGGCAUUUACUUUGGAGGAGCGCUUACAGCUGGGUAUCCAUGGCCUGCUGCCCCCCUGCUUCCUCUCCCAGGAUGUACAAGUGCUGCGGGUCGUUAAGAGCUACGAAACACGCUCAAACGCCCUGGACAAGUACAUCCUGCUGAUGACGCUGCAGGACAGGAAUGAGAAGCUGUUCUACCGGGUGCUGACCUCUGACAUCGAGCAGUUCAUGCCCAUUGUCUACACUCCCACUGUUGGUCUGGCCUGUCAGCAGUAUGGGCUCGCCUUCAGGAGACCGCGAGGACUCUUCAUCACCAUUCAUGACCGAGGACACAUCGCCACCAUGCUCAACUCCUGGCCUGAAGAAGAUAUCAAGGCCAUCGUGGUGACAGAUGGGGAGCGAAUCCUUGGACUGGGUGACCUGGGCAGCUAUGGGAUGGGAAUUCCUGUGGGGAAGCUGGCUCUCUACACAGCCUGCGGCGGGGUUCCCCCACAGCAGUGUCUCCCAGUUCUGCUGGACGUCGGCACCGACAACCAGGCGCUGCUUGACGACCCACUGUACAUCGGACUGAAGCACAAGAGAAUCAGAGGGAAGGAGUACGAUGAGCUCAUUGAUGAGUUUAUGCAGGCGGUGACGGACAAAUACGGGAUGAACUGCUUGAUACAGUUUGAAGAUUUUGCCAACAGCAAUGCCUUUCGUAUCCUUAACAAGUACAGGAAUCGAUACUGCACCUUUAACGACGAUAUCCAAGGCACAGCUUCUGUAGCUGUUGCAGGAAUCUUUGCAGCUUUGAAGAUCACCAAAAACAAACUGUUGGACCACACGUUUGUUUUCCAGGGAGCAGGCGAGGCAGCUCUGGGUAUUGCCCAUCUACUCAUGAUGGCCAUGGCCAAAGAGGGAGUGAGCAGAGAAGAGGCUGCCAAGAGGAUUUGGAUGGUCGAUUCAAAAGGCCUCAUUGUAAAGGGAAGAAGCCAUCUGAACCACGAGAAGGCUGAGUUUGCUCAUGAGCAUCCACACCUGAAGACUCUGGAGGAGGUGGUGCACGUCAUCAAACCCACUGCCAUUAUAGGCGUGGCUGCUAUCGGGGGGGCAUUUACGGAGAAGAUUAUCAAAGACAUGGCGUCUUUCAAUCAGAGGCCGAUCAUUUUUGCUUUGAGCAAUCCUACCAGCAAAGCUGAGUGCACGGCAGAGCAGUGCUACAACCUCACAGAGGGCCGAGGCAUCUUUGCCAGCGGGAGUCCGUUCGAGAAGGUGUCACUGUCCGACGGACGCACCUUCUUUCCCGGGCAGGGAAACAACGCUUAUGUAUUCCCUGGAGUGGCUUUGGGUAUUAUCGCAUGCGGAGUGCGCCACAUAUCUGAUGACAUCUUCCUCACCACUGCAGAGGCCAUAGCUAACAUGGUAACAGAGGAGAACCUGGCUGAGGGAAGACUUUACCCUCCCCUCAACACCAUCAGGGAGGUGUCUUUUAAAAUUGCUGUGAAGAUUGUCAACUACGCCUACACAAACAACAUGGCUUCAGUGUAUCCUGAACCCAAAGACAAGGAGGCCUUUGUUCUGUCUCACAUCUACAGUCCGGAUUACGACUCCUUCACUCUGGACACGUACAGCUGGCCUGAGGCAGCCAUGAACGUCCAGGACGUGUGAUCAGUCUAAACUCAGCACGCCGUCACACACAGGCUCACUUCCUCUUGUCAGAGGAUUUUCAUUUAUGCACGCCAUAAAAAGAUGGUCCUUCUUAAAAAAAAACACAUUUAAAACCGUUAAUCUGUUCUGUUUCUGCUGAGUGUUUUGUCAUUUACACGGUUUGUGCUCUAUUUUGUAAGUUUUCUGAAACUGUAAGUAAAAUUACACUCCUGCCAUCGUUUUGUUGUUGUUGAUGUAUUCAACACUUACAGUAUCACACACUCCUUCCUCACGUUGAAACACGGACACAGAGGUCUCAAAUUAUUGUUUAAAAUGUAAAAUAAAAAGCUCUGUGCUUCUUUUCUGUUCGAUCUACAGACGACGCUGCUCCAAGUUAAACUUUGACAUAUCCGCCCCGUCCCCGUUGGGUUUUCAUAUUAUACGCUCCUGUUGAUGUUUUGUAUUGAAGCUCACAGAAUUGACUUGUUUCCGUUUAAAACUCUGCUUUGCUGUGAAGAUCAGAUAUUUGUAAUGGAUGCUUGUUUUUGCGUCCCGACUGAAGGCAUUGUCAGAGGUUUCUAAGUGUCACCUUCAUAAGUUUUUGUACACGAGUGCGUGUGUCGCCUUUAGUUUUGUUCGAAUAUUUGCUGUGUUUUGGCCAAAGUCAUUUAUAACCUGAACAUUGUACUCCAAGAAAAACAAAAAAUGUAUGCUGUGGAAGAACUGAAGUACUGAAACGGAUGCUUGAAGUUUUCAAAGUUAACAUGAACAUUUUUAAAUAAAAGUC